ACACGAACUACUUUGCGCUUGUGUGCUCCUAGUGACGGAGAGUUAAAGAUGAAGAUCGAUGCGCCGGCCACGACGCCGAACUCGGGCGGAGCGGGCAACACGUUCGCCCACCUGGGUUCGAUGAUGGCGGGCGCCAUGUUCGUGUGGGCGAUCCUGCAGCAGUUCCUGCCGCACGACCUCCGGACCUACUUCGACAAGUACUCGCAGCGCUUCUUCCGCUACGUGUACCCCUACAUCCAGAUCACCUUCAACGAGUAUGGCGGGGAGCGGUUCAUGCGCAGCGAGGCCUACUCGGCCAUCGAGAACUACCUCAGCUCGAGCUCCGCCACGCAGGCCAAGCGGCUCAAGGCCGACAUGGUCAGGAACAACCAGUCCCUGGUGCUGAGCAUGGACGACCACGAGGAGGUCUCCGACGAGUUCAACGGGGUUAAGCUCCGGUGGACUUCGGGCAAGAGAGGAUCGAGGAGGCAGUCGGUGUCUUUCCACAGCGUCGGGGACGAAGAGAGCGGGUUUUACAAGCUCAUCUUCCACAAGAAGCACAGGGACCUCAUCCUCGGGCCAUACCUGAGCCACGUCCUGAAACAGGGCAAGGAGAUCAGGUUCCAGAACCGGCAGCGGAAGCUCUACACGAACAACGGCUCGUACUGGAACCACGUCGUGUUCGAGCACCCGGCUACGUUCAACACCAUCGCUAUGCACCCCGACAAGAAGCAAGAGAUCAUCGACGACCUGAUGACCUUCAGCCAGAGCGAGGACUUCUAUGCGCGAAUCGGGAGGGCCUGGAAGCGCGGGUACUUGCUGUUUGGCCCGCCGGGGACCGGCAAGUCCACGAUGAUCGCCGCGAUGGCAAACCUCCUGAAGUACGACAUCUACGACCUUGAGCUCACCGCGGUGAGGGACAACACGUCGCUGAGGAGGCUCCUGAUUGAGACGUCAAGCAAGUCGAUCAUCGUGAUCGAGGACAUCGACUGCUCGCUGGACCUGACGGGUCAGAGGAAGAAGCAGGAGAAAGUGGAGGAGGGCAAGGAUGGCGAGGUCAGGGACCCGGGGAAGCAGGCGGCCAAGGAUCCAGACGGCGAGAAGCCUAGCAGGGUAACGCUCUCGGGGCUCCUGAACUUCAUCGACGGCCUGUGGUCGUCGUGCGGCGGAGAGAGGCUGCUCGUCUUCACGACCAACCACAUCGAGAAGCUGGACCCGGCGCUGAUAAGGAAGGGCCGGAUGGACAAGCACGUGGAGCUGUCGUAUUGCAGGUCCGAGGCGUUCAAGGUCCUGGCCAAGAACUACUUGGGCAUCGAUGCCCACCACCUGUUCGACGAUAUUGGGAAGCUAUUGAACGAGGUCGACCUGACGCCGGCCGACGUGGCCGAGCACCUGAUGCCGAGGAGCCCUUCCCAGAAUGCCGAGGUUUGCUUGGAGGGCCUGGUCGUGGCGCUCGAGAAGGCGAAGAUGGAGGGCGAGUCGAAGGCAGAGGAAGCGAAGUUGAAGGGCGAAGAGAGCAGAGAGGAAGCGAAGGUGGAAGCAAAAGAAUGAGUGCUUGUGCUUGGGUCGACCGAGAGAGCGAAUAAACAAAAUCAGAGGACGGAGCUGGUUUAGCAAGUAUUGUUCUGAUUUUUUUUUGCAUUUCCUUCAAGUUCCACUUGCCCUUGCUUGCCCAAAUAAAAAAAAAAGAAGGGCCAGUUUUAGCCAAGAUUGCGAGCCUUAAGUUCUGGUUCGGAGGCUAGUGAGAACUUGAUUUUUGUACUAUGCCCCAAUUGAAAUGUUCAGAGAAGUUUUGGAAAUGUCCAAUGGAACGCCUUGCCUCAA